AUGCCUGUGUCCGCCCUCACCGAGAACAUCAAGAUCCCGCAGAACGGCGAGCCUGCGGCCCUCACACGCUCUGUGUCACGCAGUCAGACGGGCACAUCCCAAGUCUCAACCUCGCCGACCGAACACUUUCGUCGCCCUUCCAUGAGCAGCUAUGGUCACGAAGGGCCCUCUCCGAUCAUGCGCCGCAUGACCACCCAUCAGACCGGCGUUCCCAAACAACUCAAGCCUUUCAGGGAACAAGACAUCAAGAUCCUACUCCUCGAGAAUGUGAAUAUUACCGGCAUUGAGAUCCUCAAAGGGCAGGGCUACCAAGUCGAGACGCUGAAGAGCAGCCUGCCAGAGGACCAGUUGAUUGAGAAGAUCAAAGACGUUCACGUCCUAGGUAUCCGCUCCAAGACAAAGCUCACGUCCCGUGUACUUGCCUCGGCGCGCAAUCUUAUUGUCAUCGGCUGCUUCUGUAUCGGCACCAACCAAGUUGACCUCAAGUACGCUGCCAGCCACGGCAUCUGCGUCUUCAAUUCACCCUUCUCCAACUCACGCAGUGUCGCCGAACUUAUAAUCGGUGAGAUAAUUGCACUCGCGCGCCAAUUCACCGACCGCAGCAACGAGCUGCACCAAGGCACGUGGAACAAGGUGUCUGCCCGCUGUUGGGAAAUCCGUGGCAAGACGCUCGGCAUCGUCGGGUAUGGGCAUAUUGGCAGUCAGCUGUCGGUGCUGGCCGAGAGCAUGGGCAUGGAUGUCAUUUACUACGACGUUGUCAAUCUCAUGGCCAUGGGAACAUCGCGGCAGGUUCCAACACUCACUGCACUUCUCGAGCGCGCGGACUUUGUGACACUGCAUGUGCCCGAGCUUCCGGAGACGACCGGCAUGAUCGGCGCAGAGCAGUUGGCCCAGAUGAAGCAGGGCGCAUACCUGCUGAACGCGAGCAGAGGGCACGUGGUCGACAUCCCGGCACUGAUUCAGGCCAUGCGCGAAGGGCACAUCGCCGGCGCAGCGCUUGAUGUUUAUCCCUCGGAGCCUGCCGGCAAUGGCGACUACUUCACAAACGACCUGAACCCAUGGGCAAAUGACCUGCGCGCGCUCAAGAACUUGAUUCUCACGCCUCACAUCGGCGGCAGCACGGAGGAGGCUCAGUCCGCCAUUGGUAUUGAGGUCGCCGAGGCGCUGGUCCGUUACGUCAACGAGGGCGUCACGGUGGGUGCGGUCAACAUGCCCGAGGUGAGCUUGCGCAGCUUGACCAUGGACGAGCCCAACCAUGCGCGUGUCAUUUUUGUGCAUCAAAACGUUCCGGGUGUGCUGCGGCGCGUCAACGAAGUUUUGGGCGACCACAACGUCGACAAGCAGAUGACGGACAGCCGCGGCGACGUGGCGUAUUUGAUGGCCGAUAUCAGCAAUGUGCGUGAGGGUGAGGUGGCGCAAUUGUAUAACGAUCUGGAAGGAUUGAAGGAGAGAAUCUUGACCCGUAUUCUGUACUAG